CUUCCUUCCCCUGCCGCGGAGCGUCGCGCACUUACCCAGCGCGUCCUCCUCAUAAAAAGAGUAGAGUCCAGGGCAGCGGAUCGCAGGGAAUACAAUUCAGCAAAAUAUCAGGAGAAGGAGGAGGAGGCUAAACUUCAGCAAGCAGCCGCUAAAGAGAAGAGAGGGGUCUCCCCAAAACCUGAGCUAUGAGUCGCAGCAUCGUGCGGCAGAGUAAGUUUCGUCACGUCUUUGGCCAGGCGGUCAAAGCGGACCAGUGCUACGAUGACAUCCGAGUUUCCAAGGUGACGUGGGACAGCUCCUUCUGCGCCGUCAAUCCCAAGUUUCUGGCCGUCAUCGUUGAAUCCAGCGGAGGGGGGGCCUUUUUGGUCCUGCCCCUCUCUAAGACAGGUCGUGUGGAUAAGAACUACCCACUGGUUAUUGGCCACUCAGGACCAGUUCUUGACAUCGACUGGUGCCCUCAUGACGACAACAUCCUGGCCAGCUGUUCAGAAGACUGCACUGCAAUGGUGUGGCAGAUCCCAGACCAUACACUGACCCGUCCCCUGUCUGAUCCCAUCGUUGUUCUGGAGGGACACUCCAAACGAGUCGGCAUCGUCAGCUGGCAUCCCACCACACGCAACAUCCUCCUCACAGCUGGCAGCGAUAACCUGAUCAUCAUCUGGAACGUGGGAACAGGAGAACCUCUCAUAUCAAUGGACGACCACCCAGACCUCAUCUACAGCAUCAGCUGGAACCGCAACGGCAGCUUGUUUUGCACCACCUGUAAGGAUCGACGUCUGCGAGUCUGCGAUCCCCGCAAGAGGGAAGUGGUGGCGGAACGUAUGGCUCCACAUGAGGGCAUCCGGCCAAUGAGAGCCAUGUUCACCAGAGACGGAAACAUCUUCACCACGGGAUUCACCAGGAUGAGCCAGAGAGAGCUUGGCCUCUGGGACCCGACAAACUUUGAGGAUCCCAUAGCACUUUUGGAGUUGGACACAAGUAACGGAGUGUUGUUACCGUAUUAUGAUGCAGAUGCAAAUAUGGUCUACUUGUGUGGAAAAGGGGACAGCAGUAUUCGUUACUUUGAGAUCACGGAGGAGCCGCCGUACGUUCACUACCUCAGCACCUUCAGCAGUAAGGAGCCUCAGAGAGGAAUGGGCUUUAUGCCCAAGAGAGGCGUGGACGUCACCAAAUGUGAGAUCGCUCGGUUAUUCAAGCUGCAUGAUAAGAAGUGUGAGCCCAUCACGAUGACAGUGCCGAGAAAAUCGGACCUCUUCCAGGACGAUUUGUACCCAGACACAGCAGGACCUGAGCCCGCCAUGGAGCCUGACGAGUGGUUGGAUGGCCGCGAUGAAGAUCCCAUCUUGAUGUCGAUGAAGGACGGCUACGUGCCGCCUAAGAGCCGAGAGCUCAAAGUGGUGAAGAAGAACAUGCUGGACUCCAGACCCACCACCCGACGCAGCAUGUCCGCUCUUGACACCAACAGCUUGCCGCCUCAGCUACUUGAGAGGUUACUGGAGGAGCUUCAGAAUCUAAAGGCCACAGUUUUGUCUCAGGAGAAGAGAAUCUGUGACUUGGAGAAUAAGCUUUCCCAAUACACUAACGGCACUGCCUGAUACGCAAGUGAACACAUCG